AGGGCUACGCGAUCAAAGAAGGAUAAAAAAAAUAUUGUGAGACUUCGGGGGAUACUUUUCCUCACUCUCUCUGUGCCCCAAAUCAUGUGGUACAUGGCUCUGUUGCGGUUCAUCCGUCGGAGACUUGUUCUUGCCAUCAUUUUCCUGCUAUCCCUGCUGUAUUUUGUCGUGAAUCUCUUUGGAUUUACGGGUACGUUGUCAAGUGAUUUGGAUUCGGAAUUUGAGGUGAAGCGGGAGCAUCCGCUCAUUUGGAGGACACUGCAGGAGCAGCAAAAUGUCUCAUUUAAUGAUCCGAGUGUAAAGUGCAGGAAUUCCGUGCAGGGAAGGUUCCUCAUUGUGGACGAAAGGGGGUUUGUCUGUCCGCGCUUUGACGUCCUACCCACGGGCUGUUGCAACGUGGAGACACCCGCAACGACCCACUACAGCUGUGAGACAUGCACAGAGGCUGGAUGCUGUGCAAUCUACGAAUACUGCGUCUCAUGUUGCCUACAUCCGGAUAAAAAAGAACUCCUUGAGCGUGUAAUGGAAAAAGCCACAAGACGCCAAAAGGCUGUCUUUGCAUCUGUUCAGGAUAAUUUUGAAUUGUGCCUGGCAAAGUGUCGAACUGAUUCACAUUCCGUACAGCACGAGAAUAAGUACAGAGACCCCAAGGCGAAGCAUUGCUACGGUGAGACAACAGCUCAUGAAUCUCAGCGUGAUAUCAGUGGGAAUAAUGUGCUGUAGAAGAAGCUAAGAUUACGUGUUUGUG